GUCAGACAGACUAAAGCGCUACACAGGUCUCUGUCACAUUCCUGCGCUUUGUACGUGACUGCUGCUGAAGGGGAACAUUUGCGUGUUCAUCCAUGCCAAUAUGUUCCGGAAUCCAUGUGGUCACCGCUCGCUGAAACUCAUUCUCAAGUCUAAUAGGAGGGGAUUGUCCAAUGCAGCACAGCGGUUCCCCCCGAAAGUCAGAGCCUUCCCGUUCGCUUUCUCUACGGAGGAAGCGAUCCUAAGGCUCGGCGUGCCAAUGUCCAUCAAAUGCUGGGGCAGGGACUUUUUUCGUUCUGUCGCUGCGCGUUUACUGCCGGGAAUGGGCUUCCAGCCGCUGCGGCCAAAUCGCAUACAGGCCAUAUACCUGCCGAUCUGGUUGGUGGACGCCGAGGUCGAGGCGCAGAUAUGGGUGCAGGACCACUCCGACAAGAGCGAAACGAUCGAGAGAAUCGCGCGAGUGUUCUUCCAGCAGUCAUACGUGCCAGGUUUCGUAUAUGAACCAUUGUCCCGAAUUUCCCUCAACUCGAUGCUCUUUGACAGAGGCUCUACGAUUCGAUUCUCUGAAGACCUUCUGACACAGCGCGGCACCGAGAUUCUGUGCCUGCCAUUCUCUGUCACGCCAUUUCCCCUUCUUGAUGUUGCGCGCUCGCUAUCGUACCAGCAGGCUACCAUCUCGGAACAGCUUAAGUUCGAUCCCUCUGCUGUGAAAGCGAAUCUCUUUGCAGCCUACCCGGUGCUCGUGCCUAUCUAUCUUGCUCAAUAUGAGAUGCCCGCGAUCGAUACUGGAGAUCCCUUAACGUUUACUGCUAUCCUGGAAGCCUUUACUAGAAAGGGUCGCAUCGUCACAGAAGACCGUGACAGGGAGCAAGCUCAAAGAAUACUCAACAAGGAUCCAAAUGGGCCUGAUUUUUUCAAACGCUUCAUCGACUACCUCUCUCCCAGGGAAUUUUGGGUCAACGAUGGGUCCAACUCAAUCUCUCGGUUCGCCCCGCUCGAACUGCACGCUACGAUGCCACACGUGAAACUCAGUCAGGGUGCGCUGGAGAAGUGGGUGAAUGACGCAGCGGCGACCAAGGGCGCCAUAGAGUCCUACCAAGCGAAGUAUUUCCCAUGCAGUGCCACGGAAUCUGGUGUGAAUGUGGUUGAUUGGGACGACCUGCGGAUCAGGGAGUUCACUGACGAGGAGAAGAUGGCCAACCGAGUUUGGAUGGACCUUGGCAGAAUGUGGAUGGUCAACAAAAACGUCGAGGAGGUGCACCGGUUUUAUCCUCGUCGAGUACAGCGCUCACCCUGGCGUUCGUGAUAUAGGUGUUCGCCAUGAUUAUGAAAGCCGCAGAAGACUCGCGGGAGAUUGACCGAGCCAGCUUCAGUCGCGAGGGCGGGGAUGAGCAUGCGAAGACCCCAGAGCAGCUGAAGGGGUUCCAGCGGCAGCUACAGG